AUGUGGCGCCCCCCGCGGCGCCUCGGUGCGCUGCUGGUCGUCGUCGGGCUGGAGGCGCACAGCCCGACGCCGGCGCCGACGGCGGGCUGCCUCUACGGCUCGUCGGACUGGUACGGCGGCUCCGCGGGCGAGGACUGCACGACGGUCUGCGGCAACGUCGGGCUCACGUGCUCGACGUCCGAGCUCGUGGCGCGGAACGACGAGGUCGACAGCGCCGCCGAGGUCGAGGCCCUCGUGGCGUCCAUCUACGGCGAGACCUGCGCGUCCAACGUCGAGGCGACGAACAUCGCGCCGCCGUACGCCAAGACGAACGGCGACUGCGCGUACAAGGACCCCUCGGGCAACUUCGACUGCACCCAGGACGGCGUCGGCAACAAGCGCCGCCUCUGCGUCUGCUGCGUCGCCGCGCCGACGCCGCGGCCGACCGUGAGCUGCCAGAGCGGCACCGUCUCGUUCACGACGUUCGUCAUCACGACGACGGCGAACGCCGCGCGGUCCGUGGACACGGCGGACGUCGACGGCGACGGCGACCUGGAUCCCAUCGUGGCGUCGUUCCGGGACAACAUGGUCGCCUGGUACGAGAACGACGGGUCUCAGUCGUUUGCGGAGCGCAUCGUCGCGACCGCGUCCGGCGCGUCGUCCGCGGUGGCCGCGGACGUCGACGGCGACGGCGACGUGGACCUCGCGUCGACGUCCGUCAAGGACGACACGGUCGCGUGGUACGAGAACGACGGGUCCCAGUCGUUCACGGAGAAAAUCGUCACGGCGCUCGCGGACGCGGCGUGGAUGGUCGUCGCCGACGACGUCGACGGCGACGGCGACGUGGACCUCCUCUCGGCCUCGGAGACCGAGAACACGAUCGCGUGGUACGAGAACGACGGCUCCGCGUCCCUGACGCGGCGCGUCAUCACCUCGACGGCGACGAACGCCCGCUCGGUCUUCGCGGCCGACGUCGACGGCGACGGCGACGUCGACGCGCUCGGCAGGGCAGGACAAGAGAGCGAAAUUCCAAACUUCAAAGCCUCAUAUCUCGGCCGUUUUCCACUCGUGCUCGGCACCGCGUCCGCGAUCGACGUCGUGGCCUGGUACGAGAACGACGGGUCCCAGUCCUUCACGGAGCGCGUCGUCGACGCCAGCGCCAACGGCCCCUACAAUUCCGCGGCGAUGGACGUCGACGGCGACGGCGACGUCGACUUCGUCACCGCGCUCUGCGCCGGCGACGAGGGCGUCUGGCACGAGAACGACGGGUCGCAGUCCUUCGCGACGCGCGUCUUCGCGACGUCGCAGGACUGCCUGCGGUCCGUGCUCCCCUACGACAUCGACGGCGACGGCGACGUCGACGUCGCCGUCGCCGUCGAGAACGACGACACCGUCGCCUGGUACGAGAACGACGGCUCGCAGUCGUUCACGGAGCGCGUGCUCACGACGACCGCCGCGGGCGCCGCCUGGGUCAACGCGGCGGACCUGGACAGCGACGGCGACGUCGACCUCCUCUCGACGGCGAUCACCGACGACACCGUCGCCUGGUACGAGAACGGCUGCGUCGCGAACCCGUCGCCGACGCCCCGGCCGACGGCGGCGACGGGCGCGAGCUUCGCCGAGCGCGUCGUCUCGACGCUCGCGGACGAGGCCUACGCCGUCUUCGCCGUCGACGUCGACGGCGACGGCGACGUCGACGUCGUCGCGGCGGGCUACGCCGACGACACGGUCGCGUGGUACGAGAACGACGGCUCGGAGUCCUUCGCGGAGCGCGUCGUCACGACGAUGGCGGAGAACGCCGCCUCGGUCUUCGCCGUCGACGUCGACGGCGACGGCGACGUGGAUGUUUUGUCGGGGUCCUACCUCGACGACACGGUCGCGUGGUACGAGAACGACGGCUCCGAGUCGUUCACCGAACGCAUCAUCACGACGGCGGUGAACCAACCCUGGUCCGUCUACGCGAUCGACGUCGACGGCGACGGCGACGUGGACCCGCUGGCGGCGUACCGCGGCGCCAACGUGGUCGCCUGGUACGAGAACGACGGCUCGGAAUCGUUCGCGCAGCGCGUCGUCUCGGACACCGCGAACGGCGCCCGGUCCGUCUUCCCCGUCGACGUCGACGGCGACGCCGACGUCGACUUGUUCUCCGGGGACUACUCGGAGGACACGGUCGCCUGGUACGAGAACGACGGCUCCCAGUCCCCCACGGGGCGCGUCAUCACGACGCUGGCGGACGGCAUCAGAACGGUCUUCGCGAUCGACGUCGACGGCGACGGCGACGUCGACGCGCUGUCGGCGUCCGAGCGCGACGACACGGUCGCGUGGUACGAGAACGACGGGUCAGAGUCCUUCACCGAGCGCGUCCUCACGACGACGGCGGACUACGCCGUAUCCGUCUUCGCGAUCGACGUCGACGGCGACGGCGACGCGGACGUCCUGUCGGCGGCGUCCGUCGACGACACGGUCGCGUGGUACGAGAACGACGGGUCCCAGUCCUUCACGGCGGACGUCGUCACGGCGACGGCGGACGGCGCCAACGCCGUCUUCGCGACGGACGUCGACGGCGACGGCGACGUCGACGUUCUGUCGGCGUCGACCGACGACGACACGGUCGCGUGGUACGAGAAUCAGACGCCCAGCCCGACGCCCCGGCCGACGGUGCCCGCGCCGACGCCCCGGCCCACGGUCCUCUGCGCGAGCGCGACCUUCUCCGAGCGCGUGCUGACGACGCUCGCGGACGCCGCCCAGUCCGUCUUCGCCGUCGACGUCGACGGCGACGGCGACGUCGACGUCGUCUCGGGGGCCUACUCCGACGGCGACGUCUCGUGGUGGGAAAACGACGGGUCCCAGUCCUUCGCGGAGCGCGUCGUCGACUCCGCCGGAGUCUACGCGGCUUACGCGUCCGACGUCGACGGCGACGGCGACGUCGACGUCCUUGCCGCGUGCAAGGAGUGCGACACGGGCGCCUGGUACGAGAACGACGGCUCCCAGUCCUUCACCAAGCGCGUCGCGCGCGUCGCGCCCGUCGCGUCGCCCCUGCCGGCGUCGCGGUCCCUCGGCGCGCCCGCGCGCGUCCGGCUCCGCCGCGCGUCGGCCGAGGCCGUCGAGGCCGUCGCGGUCGAGGUCCAGGAGACGCUCCGCUCCUACGCGUCCCGCGGCGACCUCCACUCGCGCGCGCUCGACGUCUACGAGCACCUCGACCGCCUCGAGGACCGCGACGGCGAGGCCGCGGCCGCCGCCAAGGCCGGCGGCGGCAAGUUCGACAAGAUGAAGGUCCGCUUCAUCGCGUCCGCGAAGCAGCAGAUGAAGCUCGGCGCCCGCGAGAUCCGCCGGAGCAUGAUGAGCUGAGCCGCCCCCAAUUAGAAGAAUUCCGAACCAUCGAAUUCCGAGAAAACCAAACACACACGCCCCCGACGACGGGAGCCGCGCUACCCAACCCACCCCGGGGUAUCGAGCGCGCGCCGCCCACCGGUGCAAUUCGACGUAACUCGCAUGCUACCU